AUGAAGUCUCCACUUUCGGGGCCGGUAAUAUCGCCGCCGUUAAUUAGGCACCUAGUUGUCGACUUCGACCAGACCCUCACCCUUCAAGAUACCCUCUCAACUCUAGUGACGGCCUCGCCGCUACCUGAUGCAACGGAAAUAUUCAAGAACCACCUGACAAAAGCCUAUAUCGAGGACUAUGUCUCCCAUGUUAAGGCAUACUCGCCCGAUCGGAAUUCCGUCCUCUCUGAAUUUGCAUUCCUGUCGAGCCUCCGCGCCAUCGAAAGAAAAAGCAUAGAACGGGUAGAAAACUCAAAUAUCUUCAAAGGAAUAUCCCAAACGGCCGUAUCGCUUGCAGCGAAGAAAGUACAAAUACGCAGGCCAGCCGAAUUCACAGCGUUGGUCUCGAAGGUACUGUUACACCCAGCCGCAAAAGUAACGGUUCUCAGUGUCAACUGGUCUGCUUUGUUUAUCCGCGAGGUGUUGAAUUCCAUGAAUUCGGACGAGGGUCAUUCAAGCCACCACAAAAGCUUAACCGCACCGGAGUUCGAGAAAGUGGAGAUUAUCGCAAAUAACUUGGUGCAGGACAACCAAGGUUUCACGACAGGAAAAAUUGACAGGUGGUUCCACUGUCGUCGUAAUAAAAGCCGGCUCAACGGUGUCGAUAGUGGAGAUGAUAGUAAUAAUGACCAUGGGAUAUGGACCGCGGACGAUAAGCUGCAAAUACUGAACGGGCUCCUUGAGAUUGAGGGGCAGUUUCGUGCGGGAAUGGGUUCGACGGACACUAGGGAUGUGGAUAUUGAUAUGGAUACACUAGGUACCGCUGUGGAUCAAGCCAACAAGCACAAAUUUCCAACAGAAACCACAACAGACACAGUAACAAUGUCAGAAUUGGAAAUUGAAGACCAAGGAACCAGGUUUGCUAGUUAUAACAUCUAUGUGGGAGACUCGCCAACGGAUUUUGCCGCGUUAUUAAUGUGUGGGAAGGUGCAUGUCGGGUUUAUUAUGGGUGGGGAGGGGGAGAAUAAGUCUUUGUUAGAUACGUGCGAACGGACUGGGGUCAAGGUGUUGGAGAGAAAGAGAGUUAAUGGUGAAUGUGGAGACGCCGACGAUUGCGACGCGGAAGGCCCGGUUGAAACAUAUGGGAAGAGUGGGUUAAGGCAUCGUGAUGGAGAUUUGAGAGUUUUGUACCGGGUUAAGGGGUGGGCAGAGAUAAUAGAUUGUCUACAUCACCCCGAACAAUGGCAUUGA